GCCGGGGCGGCUGAAAGGAGCUGCCGCCUCAGCGAGGGGACCGCGGCGGGUGCUGGCCUCCCCGCCCCGCUGUUCUUCCUCCCUUUAUCGGCAGAUGCCGGCAGCGGGGCGAGAGGCGAGGCCGGGCGGCCGCCGCGUUUUAAAAGUGGAAAGGAGCGACCGCUCCCUCUCUGGGGGCCGUGGGAGAGUCCCACGGCCCCCUCCCUAGCGCUGACCUCCCGCCUCACACGGGCACCCCACGGGCCGCCUAUCGCGACCCGCCCGUGUUCUUACGUCGGUGGGACCCCAGCUGCCGCUCCCCUGGUGGGCCAGGCCUCCUCACACCCCCAGGCCCUGCUGCCAGGCCUCGUCGGGAUGUCGGUGCCCGAGCCAUUGCCACACUUAUUCCCAAGUUCCUGAAUGGCCUACCCUGGGAAAUACAGACUAUGCAUUUGAGAUGGCCAUUUCCAACAUCCGCUAUGGAGAAGGAGUUACUAAAGAGAUUGGCAUGGACCUGCAGAAUCUUGGUGCUAGAAGAGUUUGUUUGAUGACAGAUAAAAACCUCUCCCAACUCCCUCCUGUAAAUGCAGUAUUGAAUUCCUUGGCAAAAUAUGGUAUAAACUUUGAGGUAUAUGAUAAUGUCCGGGUGGAACCAACAGACCAAAGUUUCCUGGAUGCCAUUAAAUUUGCUAAAAAGGGAGAGUUUGAUGCCUAUGUUGCUGUUGGAGGCGGGUCUGUAAUAGAUACCUGCAAAGCUGCCAACCUGUAUGCGUCCAGCCCUACAUCAGACUUCUUGGAUUAUGUCAAUGCUCCUAUUGGGAAAGGGAAGCCUGUCACUGUGCCCCUCAAGCCACUCAUCGCAGUUCCUACGACAUCUGGAACUGGAAGUGAAACCACUGGUGUUGCCAUUUUUGACUUCAAAGAACUAAAAGUAAAAACCGGUAUUGCUUCAAGAGCCAUUAAACCAACAUUAGGCAUCAUUGAUCCUUUACACACACUGUCUAUGCCUGAGCGAAUAGUAGCCAACUGUGGGUUUGACGUGCUUUGCCAUGCUCUAGAAUCAUACACAGCUCUUCCUUACAACAUGCGCAGUCCCUGCCCUUCAAAUCCAAUCAACCGACCAGCUUACCAAGGCAGCAACCCCAUCAGUGACGUCUGGGCUCUUCAUGCUCUGCGCAUUGUGGCUAAAUAUUUGAAAAGAGCCAUCAGAAACCCUGAAGACCGUGAAGCAAGAGCCAACAUGCACCUGGCAAGUGCUUUUGCUGGUAUUGGCUUUGGCAAUGCUGGCGUUCAUCUUUGCCAUGGAAUGUCUUACCCUAUUUCUGGUUUGGUGAAAACUUAUAAACCAAAGGAUUAUAACGUGGAUCACUCUUUAGUGCCACAUGGCCUUUCUGUGGUGCUGACAUCCCCAGCAGUGUUUGCUUUCACGGCACAGAUACAUCCUGAGCGGCACUUGGAAGCUGCAGAGAUACUAGGAGCUGACAUCCGCACUGCCAGAAUCAAAGAUGCAGGGUUUAUUUUGGCAGACACGCUCCGGAAAUUCCUAUUUGAUCUGAAUGUUGAUGAUGGCUUAGCUGCAAUUGGUUAUUCUAAAGCAGACAUCCCUGCAUUAGUCAAAGGCACUCUGCCUCAGGAGAGAGUGACUAAACUAUCACCACGUCCCCAUACAGAAGAAGACUUAUCCACUCUCUUUGAGGCUUCCUUGAAGCUUUAUUAGGUUCAACAUUUUGUUUGGAAAAGUGUGCUUUAUUCUAACACAAAGGUAAUUUCUUACAGAUAUGGGGCUGAAUUUGUUUAGAGAAUGGAAGAACUUGCGUGUCUUUGACUUCGGUGCCAUUGUACACUGCCAAAAGGUCAAGUAAUUAAUCUUUAACUAAAUAGUGCUCUGAAGUGAAGGCUUGACUGUGGGUUUUUUUCUUGCUCAGUAGUCAGUGGUAUUAACUUGCGUAAAUGUUGGAGCAGACUUCUCGCGUUACUGAAGGCUUUCUUGUGCUUUAGAGGUGGUCAAAGGUGGAAAAAUGUUUUAAGGGAUAUUCAAAAAUGUUUUACAAAUUAUGGUUUUUAUUAAAAUUGUGAUUUUGUUUUUAAAAAGUCAUGCCAUUUAAGAAAUAACUGGGGGAAUUUUUAAAUAGGGAAGGGGAGUUACCUUGAGGAAAAUGUCAGCUUGAUGUAUUUUGGUUUUUUACCAUCUGGCUUCACUGAGAAGGCUAUUGAACUGGGGUACUUUUUGUUGCUUGAUUAGGAAAAAACCUACACACUUCAUACAUGUUUGGAAAAGGCUUCCUGGAAGUUUGCUUUGGGUUAAAAUUUUGACAAGUAUUGUCAGGUAUUUAUCUUUCCUUUUAAGAUCUAUAUGAAGUGUUUAUAGGAGGAGCAAAACCAGAGUAAAGUAUGGUCACACACUGAACAGGAACCACGUAACAGCAAGACAUCAUCCAUUAUGGUCACUUUGUCCCUGUGGAGGCAACGGCUCCCUUUUCCUGCUGCAUUCUGUGGAAAGAAACUAUCAAUUGUAUCUUGCUUCUCCGUGAAGCCAUUGCUUCUGCUGAGCUCCUGCAGGUGCUGUCACUCCGAGCACAGCCACCACCUUAAGGAAGUGGCAGUGUGCUGUGGUUCAAUAUUGAAAAGUGGUGGUGUAGCAUAUGGCUGCACAGUGCCCCGCUGGGAGCGCUGGUUAAACGUGGGAAUGAGUGUGCACGCUCAGAGCAGUUAACCAGCUGGUUGACUGUCAACUGAGAAAGGGAAGUGGGAAAGGGAGAAAUGAAACUAAAAUUUUAAUACUAUUAUUCUUUUUUUAAAAAGUGCACAUGGUUGUGUGUACAGUUCAUUUAAAUCAGAUUCUGCUUCACAAAACCCUUUCAGCAUCUGAUUCAUGCAGCUACCACAGCACCAGACAAAUGCAAGAACCACCACAAAACCUCUGUUGUGCUUAUUUCUUUCUGGGAGGGAGGGAGCACUUUUCAGUCACGCUCUUGAAGUAGAAGGCUCUAUACUUACACCUUUGCAUUCUUGUGUUUGUCUGAUACAGUUAGUGCCACACUAGAAUCUGAGGACAGAUGUGUACUGGAUAUUGACAUUGGAUCUGUUUUAAUGCUCCGUUAAAAUAGGUGGAUGGAUACUGGUUGAACACUGGAAACUUUCUUUUUAACUACAGAAUGGGUUUAGUGGCCAUAGGGACUGUACUGCCUCAGCCUGUGUUGGGGGACACAUUUGAUUUCCAUGUCCUUCUGAAACUUGUCCUCUGCUGAAAUUGCCCACAAGAACCUCUGUCACAAAGGCUGAUGUUGUAAUAGCAAGAGGCAAGGGAUUCACUUUAUUGUAUUGUGCAAAACUGCCAUGUCUGAAAAAAAAAAACCCCACACCUUUUUGUCAAACCCUUUUGUAUAUAAUCUUUUGGCCUGUUUCAUCUUUCUACUCCCAUCUUUCUGCAGGCUGUGGGAGCAGUACAGAGUCCUGAAGAGAGAAUCUUUUUUCCAGGAGCCUAAUUCAUGGCAGCCAUGCUGUGUUUGGGGAGAAUAUACUUUGUGGGGAACUGAAGAGUACGUGGGUUUCAUCACUGCAGCAGAGCACUUUGAUGGGCUAGUUAGGAAUGUAUGGUAUUUCCUUCCAGCACACUUUUUAUUGCCAUUUGUGCCAAUAUGGCAGUUAUUAGCAGGCUGCAUUUUCAACUGACAGAACCUCGCACUUAACUUCCCAUACCAGGUAACCCAGAACUCUUGCUAGUUUUUAAAUUAAGCCUCACAGCCCCCCUCUGAUAUAGUAGAUUUUACCCAUAUUUUGUAGAUGAGACAAAGGGUUUGAUGUAAUACCUAACCCAACAUAAGCAGAUGGUGCUGUAAGGAGGGCCAUUUCUGUUUCCCACACUCCUUUGGCAGCAUCAGGGUCUUUGACUGGCUUAAACCAGUUGUGAAAUCUCACUCAUGGACAUCAGCUACGCAAGUGUUCUCCCUCCACCAAUUAUUAGUUACUGUUGGAAAUUUUCUGAGGAAAAAUCAAGGGAGCUCAAGUGGCCCCACUGUGCUGUCUUUCAAACAGCGAUGGUGUGACAGGGGGUCACCCCCUGGCUCCCAGGCAAUGGUAGUUUUAUUCACAACUGAAGAGUUAACAGGGUUUUUUCAUGUAUUGUCUUACAAAAUUACUCUGUACUGAGACAACCUGGUUGGUCAAAUAUAUCCGUAUCUUUGAAAAUGCCUAUUUUGUGCACAUCAGCCUGGCAUUUGUAUGGGGAGCUGGGGUGACACUGUAAUUGUGAGUGCCCAACAGUGGUUGGGCACCUGUGUGAAAUCUGGGCAGCUUGUUCUUGUGGUUCCUGUUACUGCUCUGUUACUCAAGCCCUCCGUGAUUGAUCUGUUAUUGCCUUUAGAUGAUACUGAAAUUCAAAUAACAAAUAAUAUUGUACUUGCUGUAAACACAAGCUUGUUUGAAAGAGCGGAGUUUAACUGUCAUGUUAACUUCAAUCCUGUAAAGUAACUGUGAAGCAAAACCAUUCAGAGACAGUGGGCUUUCACUAGCUUCACAGACCAUAAUGAUUCCUCCUGCCUGGUGAGGUUGGUGCUGUGCAGACAAAACCAUUGUAUUGUGGGUGACAACCAAGAGCAAUGGUAGAGACUUUCCAGAAAUAAAAGCAUCCGAACUGCUGCACAGUAUUUCUGUGAACAUUUAAGCUGAUUUCUGCACGCCUCGCUCUAUGUAAUCAGUGCAUAGUUACAGCAUUGUCAUGAAAUAUGUAAUAAUACUUAUCAAUCCUUGUAUGUCCUACUUGUUAGGAGUAGGACUUGACUGAGUCCCUCUUGUUCCUUGUGGAGUCAGAGACUUACUUUCUGCCUUAAACAUCUGUAACUAUCUAAAAGGAUUUGUCAGUCUUUAUAUAAAAAGGAACAAAUGCCCGGUUUAUCUAGACCAUAGGUUUUAAAUAGGUUUUAAGUAAGCAUAAAUGGCAGCUAUUCAGUCACGAGAGAAGAAUGGUUUGAAGAGGCUUUAGGGACUUCUGUUACAGUAGGAGUUAUGACAUUCACAAUGUUGACCUGCUACUUCUCUCCCCUAGUCCUGUAUUCUCUGAGUUGUGUGCAGGCAAACACAAACCACUCCCUGGCCCAUCUGGUUACUCCCUCAAUCCCUCUGCAGUGAUAAGGUUAGCUUUGGGGAGCAAGUAUGAACAAGUGCACAUAUAGUGCUGGUGAAAAUAGUUUACCUGGAGUACAAAAUGGAAAGCCCACUCCGCUCACAAGGUACUGCAAGCUCGCAGGGUUGCUGCUUGGCAUCAAUAGAAAUGAGGGCAGCUGCUACAAUUGUUUGUCUGGCCUCUCUUUUCCCUUGCCUCUUCAUAUUCCAGUGCUGAUUUUCCCAGCAGUUAAAAAGAGAAUGAAGUGAAAAAUAUGGAACCAACGUGCCUAAAUCUGCAGGAACUCUCACCAUCAUCCUGUGUGAAUAAACUUGGAAGAAACCACAGCUAGGUUGAUGCGUAUGCUCCAUCUUCACUUUAAGGCAAUGUGCCAGGGCUGUCCUCUUCUGUGUCAUGGGUGGCUUUCCAUCCCCUCGAGACCUGAAACAUGCGUGAGAGUGAUGGUUAAGAGACACAGCCAAGCUAUGUCUAGGUGCUUUCCAUAACCCCCGAGUAAAUCUCCUUAAGCACCACAGUGCUCCAGGACACGUGCAGUAUGCCUUGGCUUCAACAGCUCCAACCUAAUAAAUCCCUCUCUGCAUUAAGCGUCUCUGUGCAGAAGGGACAAGGGCAACCUGAUGCAAUGCAGCAGGAGGCCUAAAGGUAUGGUCUUCGUUUUUCCUCAGACCAUCCCUGUGUGCUUCCUAGAUAAAAAGGAACUUAAUUUAAUUUCAAACACGAGGUAGUGAAUACAGAAAGUGACGUGACUGUUUUCCUGAUCUCCAGGAGCUGUAGCUCUCACAGCCGUACACAGACUGCUUGUAGGCCGCAGCGUCAGCCCUGGCCAGUGAGAAGAGGGUCUCCCACACCUGUGCAGGCCACCUGCAGAAGAGGUUCCUCUUUGAGCAUUGGUGUGGUGGGACUGACAGUGACUGAAUUUGCAGAGGUCUCAGCUCUCGUUGCUCAUGAAUUUUUUUUCCCUGGGCAGUUACCUUUGUACUUACCUGCAGUGUACAUAUGAGAAAUCACACAGGCUCAGUUUGUUACAAAAUGUUUAGUGCGUAUUUUUUAUGUUUACUUGUCCAUGAAUAAGCAGAAGCUUCUACUCUUGCUCUGAAUUUCUCAGUGAAACAGACAAGAAAACCCCAAAACCUGGGCUACCAUUAGGAAGGCUGCACUUCCCCUAGAUGCAGCAUUUCUGAAUGCAGUUUUAUAUUUUGCCAGUUCUAGACUCCCAUUAAAUAACCCACCAAAAUGCCAUUCAUUUUCUUUUUUUCCCCAUUGUACUGAAACAGCUGCCAUGAGUGAGUUGGUAGAAAAUGUUUUACAGCCAAAUAAUAACAAUAAGGGGAAGAACCAUUUGACACAGCUCAAUGGAAUGUUAAUCAGGGUCUUGAGUUAACUACUUUCCUAGUAACAGGAGAGGGGAUGAAAAAAUACUUUCAGUCUUUGGUUUAAUUUGUUGUACUUGGUUUUCAGAGAACUUUACAUACAACAAAUGGCAGCAGGUAUUUUCCUUAUUUCUCUGAACGUGGGAAUUAAAGGGGGGAAGUUAAUGCACAUCUGUGAGGUGGCACAGUUAAGUGAAGGCAGAGGAAAUGUGACAUGUAUUCUUUGGAGAGCCAUGUUAAUUCACAUCACGCUGUAGAGCCACAGAGCUUGGUUCUGCUGCCAUGUACCCUAGCAGCGCAUACGCCACCAAGUCAACUGAACAGCACCAGAAUGAUGGCUGUGCCCACGCUGUCGUCUGAGCUCCAGUAAAUGUUUAAUUUAAUCUAAUACUACUGUAUCAUGAAAUAUAUAUAUAUCAUAGCACAAACACUGGUUUAUUGAUGUGGAACUUUUCCUCUGUGUUCCGUGACUUGCAGUGACUUUCACCUACUUGAACAAUGCACUUGUGCUUUUCCUGGGGUAUGCUAUUUGGAUGUUUGACCAUACAGCCUUAAAUUAGCAACUUGACAUUGAAAUGCUGAUUUACACCUGCAGUCAAAUGGGUAACACAGUUAAAGACUGAUUGUCAGAGGCUCCAAUACGUUAUCGCUUCAUUCUGUGGCAUUGUCCCUUGCCUUUAUGGGAUUUAAGGACGCUAUUGUGUGGCAUUGUUGGUACGGCUAUGGACACAGCUGUGGGAGGCUGACGCUGUGUGUGGACUUUGUCAUCUAUCUAACAACUGACAUCACUUUUGAAAAAUCACUGUGGUUGGAUGUUUAAGUGUUGCUGUAUAUUUUAUGACAGCAUUGGAAAUAAAGAUGCUUUUUUGCUGGCAUAAAAACCAGUUAGCAUUAAA